GUAUUUUUUAAAUAGAAAUAAUAGUUUAGAAAUUCAGAUAAUUCGAGCUGUAAUACUUGGCUGGCUCACAAAAUUUGGGCGAAUAACACUAAUUCAUCCUAACGUACAACAAUCGUUUGUGCAUGAAAAGUAAAAUCGCUGUGCUGACAAUUUUACAUAGCAAGCGAGCUUAAAGGGAAUCUGGGAUUCGAUUCGUCUUACAUAUUAGAAGAAUUUUCGACGCAUGUUUUCUUGGGUAGAAGACUGAACUCGCUGUAUUUCAACUACCGUGUCGUCUUCUUUUACAGGAAGGAAGGGAAUAUAUACAUAUGUACUGUUUUUUAGUAACGUUAUUGUAUCCUUUAGUCAGAUGGUGAGACUGAAAUAAUAAUACAUAAGUGACGAGUAGCGUAUAACAACGGGAUCUUUAGUUCACCUGAGCAUUCAUACCGAUUUAUUAUUUUAGUCAACUCAUACACACCUACACUAAUAAUUUUUCGCUAUCAUUCAUGUUUCACUUGGUUGUGUUAAGCUAGGUGCGAAAAUUCUGUUAAGAAGCAACAUUCCAUGAUUUGUCUGAAACAGUCUUUCAUAGCUCUCACUUAUGUCUUGCCACUUUAAACACAGCAAUUUUUCAUUAACUUUGACUCCAAUAAAUAAUCUUGUACUUAAACGAGCGACAUACCAAAGUACUAUCGACGUCAACCACAAAACGUAAAAUUGAGAAAUUUACAAACGUGAUACUUUUUACACUGAAGACAGUAAAGAAAUUUAUUGGAUAAUAUAUCACAAUGCUCAAAUGGUUGUUUAAUACUAGGUCGAAAGCAUUGCACGAACAUUACUUUUCUGCUGAACUCUGCAUAUUCCUAUUAAUUCUGUAACGUAUUAUUGCAAUGUACAUACAAAUGUAAACGGGUCGAAAAAUUAUUUGAGACGUUGAAUUAUUCUUCACGUAACAAUGCAGAAAGACGAAGGGAGAAUCAUUAAGUCGUCUGCAUUAUCGUGAAACCAAACCAUCAAAUUUUUAAUAGACGAAACGGACAAAUAUAAUAUUUAGUCAAAAUGCCAGUAAAAUUAGGGUCUCUUUUUAAACCGAGAAAUGUCCGUACAAUCAUAUUGCUUUUAGUUCUGAUAACAUUGGUUUUCGCACUAUAUCAACUAAUCCUGGGAAGUGCAUCAGAAACUGGACCUACCAUCUUUGUCCCUCUUGAAACAAACUCUCGCUCUCAUAAAUAUCAAGAAAAAAUUGUGGAAACCUUAAAUCAGAUCACUAAACUUGAUGGAAGCAGUAAAAGCAGACCUCAUCAACAGAUAAGCAAGAAAAAUAAUGUACCCAGCACGGAACUUAAUCUCAUUCCUCGUUACAACAAAGGCUUUGCAAGUGCAGCAGCAAAAUAUGAGAAGGAUGGGAGAUGUCCAAAAAGUCAAAUAUUAUUCAGGCCUGACAUUGACGCAACGGAAUUUUAUCCUGAUCUGGAAUUUGAUGGAGACUGGAUCCGAGGAAAGGAGUAUUGGAAUUCGUUUUUUGAACAAAGAUACAAAACUGCCAAGAAUUCUAAUAAAACGCCACCGUUAAAGGUUUUCGUCGUACCACACUCGCAUAACGAUCCAGGAUGGUUGAAAACAUUUGAAGAUUACUACACGAUGCAGACUAGGCAUGUGUUGGACAAUGCUGUGGAAAAAUUGACAGAGUUUAAAAAUAUGACGUUUUUAUGGAGCGAAAUUUCAUUUUUAUCAAAAUGGUGGCAAGACACUCAUCCACGUAAGCGAGCCCUAUUGAAAAAUCUGGUAAAGGAAGGGCGUCUAGAAAUCGUGACUGGAGGUUGGGUGAUGACAGACGAAAGCACUGUAAACCUGUAUUCCAUGAUUGACCAACUAAUUGAAGGUCAGCAAUGGGUCAAGAUGCAUCUGGAUGUCGUACCAAAGACGUCGUGGAGUGUAGAUCCCUUUGGUCACGGCAGUGUGCUUCCGUAUUUGCUGAAGAAUUCCGGAAUUGAUGGAAUGGUGAUCCAGAGAAUUCAUUAUGGAUGGAAAAAAUGGAUGAUGGAUCGACAAUCAUCGGAUUUUCAAUGGGUUCAGCGAUGGGACGCAGCUAAUAAACAUGGAAUAUUGGCGCAUAAUGCACCUUUUGAUAUUUAUUCCAUAAAACAUUCCUGUGGUCCUCAGCCCCAAAUCUGCCUAAAUUUUGAUUUUAAAAGUAUUACUGGAGAAUACAGUGAAAACUCAAUGAUAAUGCAGCCCAUUACGAAAAACAAUGUGAAAGAAAAGGCAGAACUAAUGCUUGAACAAUAUGGGAGAACAGCUUCAUUAUUUCCUCACAACAUGGCACUCAUAUCACUGGGUGAUGAUUUUCGCUUCGUACAGCAAAUAGAGUGGGAUCAGCAAUAUACAAAUUAUAUGCAAUUAUUCAACUAUAUCAACUCACACAAAGAGUACUACAAUGCAGAAGUAAAAUUUGGAACAGUCGCAGAUUACUUUGAUGCUCUUAGAGAUACUAACUAUGUCCCUCUUAAAUUUUCUGGCGAUUUUCACGUUUAUUCUGAUAUAUUUUCUGACGGGAGACCAGCAUACUGGUCUGGCUAUUAUUCAACUAGACCAUUUUGGAAAAAGUUCCACCGUGAAGUAGAAAAUUCUGUCAGAGGUGCAGAAAUUGUGUUCACAUUUGCCAAUAUCCUAGCGAAUCAGAAGCGUUUGAAUCAUUCUCAACAGGUGUUAACACGAGUGUACGAAGAUCUAAUUGUGGCUAGAAGAUGGUUGGCAUUAUUUGCUCACCAUGAUGCUUGCACAGGCACUUCCAAAGCAAACACAAUGACAGAUUACGGAAACAAGCUCUUGGAAGCAUUUACACUCAGCAAAAGAGUCCAAAUGAAUUCGAUUGAAACUAUUUUGUACGGAAACCCGGAUAGUGGAAUACUGACGACGGAUUUAGAAAUUGACGGAUUCGGGGAACAGCCUAAACAAAUUCCGAUUGCUUUUGAAAAUCCUUCCGGAAUCAAGAAAGUUGUGGUUUACAACACUCUCACACGACAUCGCUAUCAACUGAUUACGUUCGUCGUCACCACGCCACACAUUGAAGUCGUCGGUCCCUCUGGAGAAUUCAUUCAAGCGCAACUCAACCCAGUUUUGGAUACUACGAGUGGAACGAUGCGCCUAUCCGCCGAUGUUUUUGAGUUGAGUUUCCUAGCAUCAUUGGCCCCACUUUCACUGUCAGUCUUUCAAAUUCGAAAAUCAACACCAACUGGAGAACAUAACGCCAUUCAUGCCCAAGUCUACUGUAAAGCUUGCACAAGUGUACAUGGGAUAUUUGAAAUCAAUGAGAUUCAGACGGGAGAUAUUCAGCUCAACAAUGACAAAAUACAAGUUUUGUUCAAUCGAAACAGUGGGAUGAUUAUGAGCAUGACAAAAGUGAAAGAAAAUAUCACAAUUGCAGUAAACAUGAAAUUUGGAAGCUAUUCGUCCGUUAACUUUCGUAGUGGAGCGUAUCUUUUAAUGCCUGAUGUCCAGUCGGAACAUGAAAUUCCAUUUCCAAAUACACAUGCCAAACUCAUCAUCAUAAGUGGACCGAUCUCAAGUGAACUUUCCUUAUUCCACGACCCACUUCUCCUGUCGUCUAAAAUUCUUCAUGCGGGUGAUAACCGGAUGUUGGAAGCUGUUUAUAUUCAGAAUCAGGUGGAUCUCAAAGAACAUAAUGGGGAAAUUUACAUGCGAUUUGAUACGGAUCUCAAAUCUGUCUCCAAAGUUCGUGUCCAUGAGCGUCCCGUUGAAGUCGAUGAUAUUCCCAUAAUUUUAGAAACUGAAUCAGAUCCUACUCAUCAGCCCACCUUUUACACUGAUCAAGGUGGUUUUACUGUAGAAAAGAGGAUAAAAGUCCCUAAAAUCAAGUAUGAAGGGAAUAAUUACCCUGUGAAUACAAUGGCAUUUGUACAAGAUGACGCCCGCAAACAACGCUUCACAAUUCUAGUCGAUCGAUCACAUGGGUUUUCUUCAAUGAAAUCCGGACGGUUGGAAACUCUCGUGGAAAGACGUACCGUUUAUGACGACGCUCGAGGGAUGGGCGAAGGAGUGACGGAUAAUCGCCCCACAACUUCAAAUUAUGUUAUCAUGUUGGAAAAGCUAGGCCCCAGCGACAAAGUUCGCCAUGCAGAGCACGACUAUCGAAAUUAUCAGCCCACGUUGGCAGCACACCAUAAUUCUCAGGAACUGAGCUAUCCAGCAUUUUCCUACUUAGUCAACGACGAUGUGGCUGGAGUUUCCUCUCAAAAGGUCAGCAGUGCCGUGGAAAUAUUCCCUUUUCUCAGCCAGGAAAUCCCAUGCGAUGCUCAUCUCAUAAAUCUCAGAACGGUGACUGACUCCACAUAUAAUCCCGAUUUGAACUUUCCCAGUCGGCAAGCACUUUUGAUUGUCCAGAAACUAGGAUAUCUUUGCACAAGUAAUGAUGGAGAAAAACCUGGAUGUGGGAAUUCAAAUCCCAAGAGUCUCUUUUACCCACAAACAAAAUUUAACGGUAUUACGGUGAAGUCAAUGAGCCACAGUAAUUUAGCAGGAGUUGAUCAUAAUCUCAACACGAAAGGCCUAAUUUCAAACCUUCACGAUAUUACUACAGAACCUUACGAAAUAAGCACUGUCAUUGUUACCUUUAGUUAAAUAAAACCUACUUGUCGUCUGUGAUAGGGCAUUAUAAGAAAUGCAACGCUUGUGUGCAUUGCAAUUAUAGUGCAAUGACACAAAAUUGUAAAGCCCAACGAAUGCAGUUUCAAUGGUGCAAAUUCCAAAAAAAAAUAUGAUUUAUUUGUUUUAUAUUCAGAUUUUAUUUUUAAUAUGACAAAGGUGCUUGUACUACCAAUUUAUGUUCAAAUUAUCAAAUGGUUGUGAGCUAUAGUUUGCUUUACUAAUUUAUUGUCAAUUGUUGGUCCGGUGAAUGCACAAAUUGUGCAAUGCUUCCAGAAAUAGAAUGAAUAAUGCAACAGCUAUGAUAAACUGUUGGUUAAACUUAUCCUACAUAAAAAUGAAAAAAAAUCAUAGUGUUGUGCAUUUGUCCAAAAUGCGAGUUAAAAUAAGGCUGAUGAUAUCCAAUAAAAACUGUGUUGUCUACAUUCCAUUGUUGAAUAAAAUAAUAGACUUUAGACAAUUUUUAAAUAUUGUUAGCAAAUAAUUUGAUAAGAAGUUAUCAGUAAAAUAAAAUG